CACACACACACUCCCACCCCCCAUAUUCAUUACGUUAAUCCCCUACCCCUUUCUACCUGCAUUACUAUAUAUCAUACAUCACAAAUCUGUGUUUAACAGUUACAGUAAGUCCUUGUUUUUUUGGUGAGGAAUCCCCGUAGCGUCCCCUUUUGUGGUCCCCGAACCGCGGAUUGUGCAUCGGUGAGCCACAAAGAGGAGGAGGUGGGGGUGGGAGGUGUUUAAUAGGUUAUUUUGAUACAGAGCCCCGCUAGCAUGGACUCCAGCAACAAGGUCUGUUUUUAAAAAACAAAAAGUUCCUAAGCUGCAUUUGUAACGUAAAUAUGUUGUUUUCACCACAAUGCGGUUGAGUUUAUUUCACUCGGGCAUGGAAGAGCGUCAGGCAGCCGGCUGGAAAGCGUGUGGAGCAGCGGAAACAGGACGCAGGCGGAUGUGAGGAGCUCCAGCCAAAUAAAUAAAAUAUGAACGCGUAUUUUUGCCCGGCUUGGUAACACGUAGAAGUAAACGACGCCGCGGAGGGGAAGAGAUGGCAACCGUGAUUUAGAAACAUUUUUUUAGACGGAGGUUCGACUACCGAGAGGCAGCGUCUCUACACCCGGGCUCUGGAACGACGAAUCCCGCCUGGACACCGAUGAAGGGUCGCUGGUGGCCGGGCCGUGUGGACGUCCAUGAUUGAGCGACUUCGUCGAGGAUAAUUUCGGCACGACGAAAGGGUGGCGAACGACGUUUAUAUCGCCGUACCAAAGGUCUCCCCUCACCCCUCUCCUCCCUGUGGAUCAUAGGAUCUGUCAUCACCCCUCCUCCCCGGACAGGCCAGCGGAUGGGUUAUCAAAUCACCUUUCAUCCCUAAUUGCUGGUUUCCCUGUGCUACCCUCAUCACUUUCCUUUGUCACAAAGGGCAUCUGGCUGAUUCCGAGUGCUUUAGUGCCCUUGAGCAAAGCAUUGCUCUGCUGCUUUGUCAAGAUGAACAGGGGUCCUAGGAUGUUCAGAGGGAUAAAUCGACAGCAUCGACAUUCGCAGAGGAAAGGUGACGUACAUGACUGAUUCAAGAGACAGAAGGUUCAACUGUGAUGACUAGUGGAAUCUGGGAACUCUGAAGUGCCUUGCCCAAGGGAACACCAGCUGGUCCAUUUUUCUUCACUUCAUCUUCCCAGCCAUUUGUUGCUUCUUCACUUUACUCUUGCGUUACGUCUGCGUCUCUUCUUCCUUUUCUUUCCUCUUCCCCAACUUCCUUCCCCUCCCUAUUCUUUCUUUGGCCCACCCACCUGGCCUCCACCAUUCGCCCCUCCCUCACAACGGCCGUCCUCCCCCCUCGUCCCCGCCCCCAGUCAUCCUCCCCCUCCACUUCCUCUGCCCCCUCCUCCCCACACCACCACCACCACCACCAUCACCAUCCUCACGCUCAGCCCCAUUCCCACCAUCACCACCACCAACCUCAGCUGUCUUCAUCACCCCCUCGCUUGUCGCCUCCUCCCUUCUCUGCCUCCUCCUCUGCCAUAACCAUGGCGAUGGCUGCCACUGCCUCUUCCUCGUCCCCCUCAUCAUCUUCGUCGACCAACGGCAGUGCCCGAGAGCACCUGCUGGCGGUGCGUCGGCGAACCCCGCACACCCGGCCUCACACAAUUGGACCUGACAACCUUCGUAGCCUAUCGGUGCAGGGUGCGGUUGGAGCCCCGGUGUCUGCCUCCUCUAUGCCGUCAGGGAGCCAAUCAGAAGCGGCAAGCGUGGGGCUUCAGCGGGCUAACAGCGACACAGAUCUGGUGACGUCAGACAGCCGUUCAUCUCUCACAGCGUCCACGUACCAGCUGACUCUGGGUCACAGCCACCUGGUCAUCUCCUGGGACAUCAAGGAGGAAGUGGAUGCCACUGACUGGAUCGGCCUGUACCACAUUGAUGAGACGUGUGUGGCCAACGUGUGGGACUCGAAGAAUCGUGGCGUGAACGGCACCCAGAGGGGUCAGAUCGUGUGGCGACUGGAGCCGGGACCCUACUUCAUGGAGCCGGAGACUAAGAUCUGCUUCAAAUACUAUCAUGGCGUAAGUGGAGCGUUAAGAGCAACAACACCUUGUAUCACCGUCAAGAACCCUGGAGUGCAGGUGGGCAGUGAAGGCCACGUGGAGGACCAAUCGGGCACCGAGCACUGUCGGAAACUCGUCAGCUUCACCCUGUCAGACAUCCGGGCAGUGGGCCUGAAGAAGGGCAUGUUCUUCAACCCCGACCCCUACCUGAAGAUGUCUAUCCAGCCCGGGAAGAGGAGCGGCCUCCCCAAGUUCACCCACCAUGGCCAGGAGAGGCGCUCCUCCAUCAUAGCCAACACCAUCAACCCCGUGUGGCACGGCGAGAAAUACACAUUUGUGGCUCUGAUGACGGACGUGUUGGAAAUCGAGGUGAAGGAUAAGUUUGCCAAGAGCCGACCAAUCAUCAAGCGGUUUCUGGGUCAGCUGAUCAUCCCUGUGCAGAGACUCCUGGAGGGGCCGACGGCCGACGAUCAGCCGGUCAGCUACAGCCUGUGUCGCCGUCUUCCUACCGAUCAUGUGAGCGGGCAGCUUCUGUUCAGAGUGGACAUCACCUCCACUGGACAAGAAGAAGCUUCCCCAGAUGCUGUGGGAGCCAUCUUGGGUGGUGCAGUUAACGGUGACCCGGGAAGUCCCUCUGAUGACGAAGAUCUCCCUCACCCAUCCUCAUCCUCACGCGUCACCCGCGGACCCUCUCCCUCAGGCUCUGAUGAGGGUUCCCAGAUAGUCAAUGGUGCUUGUUACUAUGGCGAUGACAGUGUGUGGCGGGAGCCUGGACAGAUGGGAGAGGAAGAUCUGCUUCCUGUGGCUCUAGGUGGCCACACCCACCGGCAGGUGUCGCUCAACGACUACCUGGAUGCCAUCGAGCCGCCCAGGAGCCCUGGCGACCGGCCUCUGGUGGGGCCUUCGCCAAAACUCCGCUCCAGCUUUCCAACGGACACGCGGCUCAAUGCCAUGCUGCACAUAGACUCAGAUGAGGAUGAGGAGACGGCGGGGCAGCACAGGGAACAGUCGCAGCAGAGCACGGACUCAUCGAGGACCUCCGCUACAUCUGAGGCCCAGCAGAAGGAAGGUUCAAAGGCAGAGCUGCAGGGGCAGACUGGAGCCGGGACUGGGCCUGGAGCAGAGGCAGGCUCCUCUGCUUGUAUCCAGCCUGGAAAUAAACCUGCAGGGGCUGAACCUGGAGCUGAAGGUGCAGCUGGAGAUCCAGGACCAAACACUGGGACUGGAGAUGUUGCUGGGACAUUGGCUGAGGCUGCACACGUCACUGGAGAAACCUCCACAGCGCCCAGCUCCUCUCAGACAUCAGGGGCUGAGGCAGCAGCACCUGGGCCGGGGGAGUCUGUGGAGGAGUGUGCCUGUCGGGAGGAGAGCAGGAGGGCGAACACAGACCAGGAAGUAGCAUGCAGAUCCUCACUUUCACCCAUUCAGGAGGUGGAGGUGGGAAAAGAAGUGGCUCCAAAGGCAGAGGAAGAAGGGGCGGAGUCAUCGAGCAGUGAGGCAAACGGGCCAGUAGUAGCAGCAGCUGCUCGUACCAGCAGCAGCACAGCUGAGAGACGAGGGAGUUCUGAGGCUGGAGCGACGGGCAGUGGCGGGGACAGGCAGGAGGAGGAGGAGGAGGAGGAGGAGGAGGAAGGAGGGGAGGUGUGGAGGAGGAGGCAGUCGAUGCAGGCGUCUGGAGGCGGGGCCCAAAACCAGGAGGUGUGUGGGGCCAGAGAGAGUCCAAAUGGGACAGCAAGGGUGGAGAGAGAGGCAGGUGCCACAGCGCAGGUCAACGGCCACCAGUCUGUCCGCUCCCUGCCGUCCGUCCGCCAUGACAUCAGUCGCUACCAGAGAGUGGACGAGCCGCUGCCGCCUAACUGGGAGGCUCGUAUCGACAGUCACGGUCGGAUCUUUUAUGUGGACCACGUGAACAGAACCACGACUUGGCAGCGUCCCACCGCUCCUCCCGCCCCGCAGACCCUGCAAAGGUCCAACUCCAUACAGCAGAUGGAGCAGCUGAACCGCAGGUACCAGAGUAUACGCAGGACAAUAACCAAUGACAGCAGACCAGAGGAGCAACCAGCCAAUGAGCUGCCGCCAGAUGAGACUGAUAUGCACCCCUCCAUCCCAGAGCUGCGCAGGGACAACAGUGUGGCUCAGCCCAGUUCCAGGUCUCGCCUCACCCUGUUGCUCCAGUCCCCCAGCGCCAAGUUCCUCACCAGCCCCGACUUCUUCACUGUGCUGCAUUCCAACCCUAGUGCCUACCGCAUGUUCACCACCAACACGUGUCUGAAGCAUAUGAUCAGUAAGGUUCGGCGGGAUGCUCAUCACUUUGAGCGCUACCAACACAACAGGGACCUGGUGGCCUUCCUCAACAUGUUUGCCAACAAACAGCUGGAGCUGCCCAGAGGCUGGGAGAUGAAGCACGACCACACCGGCAAGCCUUUCUUUGUGGACCAUAACUGCCGUGCCACCACCUUCAUCGACCCUCGGCUGCCCCUCCAGAGCACCCGUCCGCCGAGUCUCCUGGCUCACCGGCAACACCUGACCCGCCAGCGCAGCCACAGUGCCGGGGAGGUCAGCCCGCGACGCCUGCUGAGUGAAGACCCUCGUCACGCCGGCCCGCCCGUCCUGCCACGGCCUUCCAGCACCUUCACCUCCACCAACAGGGGGCAGUGCCAAGACGUUGUGCCAGUGGCUUACAAUGACAAGAUCGUGGCGUUUCUCCGACAGCCAAACAUCUUUGAGAUUUUGCAGGAGAGGCAGCCCGACCUCAGCAGGAACCAUUCACUCAGGGAGAAGGUGCAGCUGAUCCGCACAGACGGAGGGUCAGGAUUGACCAGGUUGUCGGGUGACGCUGACCUCGUCAUGCUGCUAAGUCUGUUUGAAGAUGAAGUAAUGUCCUACGUGCCUCCUCACGCCUUACUCCACCCCAGCUACUGUCAGUCACCACGAGGAUCACCCGUCUCCUCCCCACAGAACUCGCCAGGUACUCAGAGAGCGAAUGCCAGAGCCCCAGCACCCUACAAGAGGGACUUUGAGGCCAAACUGCGUAACUUCUACAGGAAACUGGAAACUAAAGGCUACGGCCAAGGACCAGGGAAGCUGAAGUUGAUCAUCCGUCGUGACCACCUGCUGGAAGAUGCCUUCAACCAGAUCAUGUGCUACUCCCGUAAAGACCUGCAGCGCAGCAAGCUCUACGUCAGCUUCGUAGGGGAGGAAGGGUUGGACUACAGCGGGCCUUCCAGGGAGUUCUUCUUCUUGGUUUCCAGGGAGCUGUUCAACCCUUAUUAUGGUCUGUUUGAAUACUCCGCCAACGACACCUACACUGUCCAGAUCAGCCCCAUGUCCGCCUUCGUAGACAAUCACCACGAAUGGUUCCGGUUCAGUGGCCGUAUUCUGGGUUUGGCUCUGAUUCACCAGUACCUGCUGGAUGCCUUCUUCACCAGACCCUUUUAUAAAGGCCUGCUGCGCAUUCCCUGUGACCUGAGUGACCUGGAGUAUCUGGACGAGGAGUUUCACCAGUCUCUCCAGUGGAUGAAGGACAAUGACAUAGAAGACAUGCUGGACCUCACCUUCACUGUCAAUGAGGAAGUCUUCGGACAGAUAACAGAAAGGGAGCUGAAGCCGGGCGGAGCCAACAUCCCCGUCUCGGAGAAGAACAAGAAAGAAUACAUAGAGCGGAUGGUGAAGUGGAGGAUAGAAAGAGGGGUGGUGCAGCAGACUGAAAGCCUGGUCAGAGGCUUCUACGAGGUGGUGGAUGCCAGGCUUGUGUCGGUGUUUGAUGCCAGAGAGCUGGAACUGGUGAUCGCCGGCACUGCUGAGAUCGACUUGUCAGACUGGAGGAACAACACAGAGUACAGAGGAGGUUACCACGACAACCACAUUGUGAUCCGGUGGUUCUGGGCAGCAGUGGAGAGGUUCAACAACGAGCAGAGACUGAGACUACUACAGUUUGUCACAGGGACGUCCAGUAUUCCUUAUGAGGGCUUUGCUUCUCUUCGAGGCAGCAACGGACCCCGCAGGUUCUGUGUGGAGAAAUGGGGAAAGGUCACUUCACUGCCCAGAGCACAUACCUGUUUCAACCGGCUGGACCUGCCUCCAUACCCGUCCUUCUCGAUGCUGUAUGAGAAGAUGCUGACCGCCGUGGAGGAGACCAGUACUUUUGGGCUGGAGUGAGUCCGCCGCUGCCCUCAGUCUUCCCUGCAAGGAUGGCUGCCGGUGGUGAAGAAAAGGAGUCGUGGUGGAAGCUGGACCUGGAUUGGAAAGAAAGAAAGGAUCAGGAAGUCAGGAUCAUAAGACCUUUGAAACAUGAAGCUGCACCCAGUAAAAUGUUAUUUUGUUUUACACUUGCAUGUGUUUCACACCUACUUAGUAACACACGCGUUCACCUGUGUCAUGUGACAAAUAAAGACCCACACUGCCUUUGGGACCAGAAUCAAUCAACUGCCAGGGUUUGAUCAAUCACAGACUGGGAUUUUUUUUUUUUUUCAAAGGAUAACAAGGCCAGUUCAGAACUAUGAGCUUCAGUGAUGCCCUCAUUGGAGGACGGCAUCUCUUUGUGGCCUGGUGUAGUGACUGCACUCAUGUAGACUGUGCACUUGUUUCUCAGAACCUUAAGGACCACCUGAGAUCAUUUUUGGUGAAGUUUGUGGGAUUAUCCAUUGAACUUCUACAGCAGAUUUUGGAGACCCCCAAUCAGCAGCUUUGGUAUUGUUGUUACAGUAUUUUCAUCUUCAACAAAAAGUGAUUUUCUAAUGCUGUGGCAGUGACUCGUGAUUUGAAUGUAACUAACUUCAUCAUGCAGAUUGUUUGGGGAGUGACUUUUGUACCAAAUGUGGAUCAAUUGACUAAAAAAAACUGAUUUGGCCACCAUUUAUUGAGUUAAUGUUUUGAGUAAAUCCACAUACAGACAUUGAUAUACACAUUGAUUUGAAAUGAGCUUUGAUACACGUCUGUUCAUACCUAAAUUAGUUACACGCAAGAGGUGUACAUUAAAAUCGAACAUCUAAAUAUUUUCAAUAAAUUUAAUUUCCACACACAGCAGAGCUGCACAUCUAGUAGAGCUUACAUGGGGUGGCACGAGGUUGAAAAUACACAAUACAUGCUCACAUUGACAGAGCUAACAUGCUAAUGUUUAGCAGGAAUAAUAUUUACUAUGUUCACCAUCUUUAUUUAGUGUGUUAGCAUGCCAACAUUUUCUAUUUAGCAUCACACAAAGAGCAUGGCGGUUUUGCAGGUAUUUGGUCAUAAACCAAAGAUAAAUUGAAUUUUGGACAAGAUGGUGGAGCUAAAUGAGGGGAUUAUGAAUGCAAGCAUCAAAUUUCAUGCCAAUCAUCUCAUAGUUGUUGAGGUUUCACUUUGGACCAAAGCCAUAAACAACAAGCAUCAUGAACAUUAUCAGUAAUGGAUUUCAUCUGCAUUUCACACACAAUUCCAGUUUUAGGAACCAGAAAGUUCGAGGGUUAAACUCCAUAGUGGAGGUUUUAGCUUUGCCACUCGAUCCGAACCUGCCACGCACACCCAGAUCGGAACUGACACACUUUAAGCUUGACAAAACACUACUGAUAUCAAAAAGAUCUGAUUUUAAGCUGCCAAGUACCACUUAUGUACUCAUAAAAAGGACACUGAGACACCGCAACAUUCAACUGUCGACUGUGAUUCAAAUGUCUCCUCAGCAUAUCUGCUGUUGCUCAUUAGAAUAAUACAUUUUCUUUUCAUUGUUGCUGGCUCUUUAUUCACCUUACACACCAUGAAUAGAAGCUCAGAGAGACUGCGGAGUUGUUUUCUUCUUCUUUUUACACUUGUGAUGAUGAGCACUUGUAUGGCCGAAUUCACAGUACACAUACUGUAUGUAAACUCUGUAGGAUGUCUUCUCUGACAUGGAAGGUUGACAGUUCCUCUAGAUUUGCACUCUUAUCAUUUUAAUAUUGAUUCAAUUGUAUUAAUUCAAUGUUAUUGUUUAUGUUAAUUUAAUCAGAUUAUUUAGUGAAUUUCACAGAGUGGUCAAAGAUGACACAGUAAAAACCACAUACAGUCUUCACAAUAGAAAAGCAUGAAUUUUGUAUAAAAUCCAUUUUCAAGAAGCUUGCAGUAAAUCUUUUCUCUUUUGUACAUUGAAAUACUUGUUACCGUCCUCCUCACUCCCCCCACACUAUGAAUGUAAGCACGCCUUGAACUGCCACAUUAAAAUAAAAAAUGUCCACGUGCAGGCCUAAAACACCAAAAAGUCAACCUCUGAACUCCUGAGCUGACACAAAGCCCCCUGAACGCCUCGUUAUGUACACAAGGCAAACACAGCCUACAUGGAAGCCCAUUUCAGCCACGAAAACAAAGUUAAUCUGAACAGAAAUAGACAUGCUCAUAGUAAGUGGAGUCAAAACUGUCUUAUAAUUACUCUAAACUUUUUAAAUCUAUCAAUGUUUGCUUAAUAUUUCAAUUUUAAUUUAUGUUUUUGAUUUGGUGUCUCACAAUUUUAACUUAAACAUCUGAGUUGGUCUUUCUAAAUUACCAUCUCAUGAUUCAGUCAUUACCUGUACUGCAAUUUUGACUGUUUUAUUUUCUCAAUUCUGACUUAGUAAAACAAAGAUUUCACGAUCUCAUAAUUUUGAGUAGCGUCAUAGUACAACACUUGCAUGAAUUUACUUUAUUUUUUUAUUUUUAUUUUUUCCUGGCAGAAGUGAGCUUCUACAAGACCAGAGUUACUACAGACUGCUUUUUUUAUGUGUGUUAAUGGGGCAGAAAAACAACUUUUAAACCUAAAUGGCGCAUUUCAUGCAAAGUCAGGAAGGGCACAUUUGACACCGAUUGUGUUUUCAAUUUUUCAAACUGAUUUUGAUAAAGUCUUGGACCUGGAGUAUUGCUUGUUUACACAUAAGAGAAUGUAAUCAAAUCCAGAAUACAACCUAACAUUAUCUCUGUAUGAAGUUAACGCUUGGGUGCAUUUUCACAUGGAAAUUAAAUUCUAACUGGAUCAAAUAAUACCAUUCUCAUAAUGAAAAGAUUUAUAUUAUGUCCCUCACUGAAUGCACUACCCUCUACCUGUCUGUCUCACCAGAAUGUACCAAAGUUUAGAGCCUACGUCAGCUGCCUCACACCCAGCAACCUACUGCUUUUUCUGUACAGUCACUUUUAAAUGAAUGUUUGUCAGCACUCCUCUCCUAAAAUAAAAUGUCAGCUCUCUAUGCAAGCUUUUUCUUCUUCUUUCCAUGUCACUCUGACUGUAACUGAACAGAGCAGGAUAAUAAAUGAAAAUCAGUAUUU